AUGAAUUCCUUGCUUUUUUUUGAUGAUGUUGGAGGUCCUGAAAUGGCACCAUCUCCUUUUACUCAUCAUGAUAUUGAAUCAGAUAGUACAAUCGAAAGUGACUCCAGUUUUGAAGAACAUUUAGAAGAAGAUUAUGAAGAAACUGAUAUGUCUUAUACGUUAGAAAUAGGAGAAGAGUAUUAA